CCAAAAUGAAUAAGAUGUUGAAGCUGUGUGGAGUUUACAAGAAGAAGAAUACUAGUACACAUAGUUCACAAGAAGCAGAUGCUCUACCAGCUGGUUAUGGUGUAAGUUAUUUAAAAGCAAAGCUUUAGAUGUGUAUUUAAGUUAUUUAAAAUCAACUAAUAAUAUCUUUCUUGGUAGGGCUUCUAUGCGUUCUUCUCUCAACAAGCAGCAACAUGAAAAUCUGCUUUGGAUUUGUAUUUGAGUAUGUCAUCAAGUAUUGGAAGGACAAUUCAAACCGGUUUAAGGAGUUGUCUCGAAUGGUAUUUGAUGUCCUAUGUAUCCUAAUAACAACAGUGUCGUCUGAGUCAUCUUUAUUGUGGGAAGUCGCGCGCGUUCUUAGCAAAUACAGGAACCGCCUUCUUCCAUCAAAUUUUCAAGCUUUGAUCUGUGCUAGAAACUGGCUUCGUGGGUUUUGAAGUGAUUGGUGAGUUUGUUGAAUUUAUAAUCGAGUUUUUUAGGUGAAAUUAUUAAGUAACUUCUCUUGUUUUGUAGCUGGAUGCGAUUUGGAUGAGGAAGAUGCCUUAGAUGAGGAAUCAGAAGAAAGUGGAAGGAAGAAGACCCGACUCAAUUACAGGUAUAAUCACUUAGAAUUUAUGUUUCUGUCACUUCUUGUUUUAUGAGGAAGGAGAAGAAACUGAAUGAAUGAUGGGUUUUAAUAUCAUCAGGAGAAAGAAUGAUGGGUUUAGUAUUCUCUUUCAGAUGGGUUUUGUUUGCUUUUUUGUGUUGAUGGCUUUCUCUGAUUUUGUUGAUGAGUUUCUCUGAAUUAUCCGUGCUCGCUUUAGGCAUGAAUUGCCUCAUUUUCUUGUAUCUGAAUCGUGGACUUGAGAUAUGUAAUUAAUCAGUGUCUUGUUUUUUGUUUGCAUAUGAAGUCUUGCCUUUGUAUGUGCUUGUUUUAGACAUCAAUUGCCUCAUUUUCUUGUAUCUGAAUCAUUUUGUCUUUGUAUGUGUUUGCUUUAGACAUGAAUUGCCUUCUUUCUUUGUAUAUGAAUCAUUUUGCCUUUGUCUGUGUGCUCACUUUAGACAUGAAUUGCUUCUUUUCCUUGUAUCUGAAUAUUGGGUUUGAACUAUGUAAUUCAUCAGUGUCUUGUUUCUCAUUUGUAUAUGAAGUCUUGUUUCUAUUAUUAAUAACACAUCGUCUUCUGUUACAGGCUUUGACGGUGAUAAUAGAAGAAGCCGAGAAGAACAAGAAGAAAACAUAACUGAAAUUUAAUUAUGUAUAAAUGAACUUAACCUACGGUUUGGAGUUCGGAUUAUGUAUAAAUGAACCUAAUUUAUGCUUUUACAUUAUGUACGAACCUUGUUUAGGCUUUUGGAUGAUAUAUGAAUUUUAUCUAUGCUGUUGAAUUCUAUAAAACAUAGUGAAAUUAUGUUAAAUAUGAACUUUGAAUGUUAAUUAACACUGAUUUUUUUAAAUUGGAUCCCGUGGACAGCCUAUUUGGAAUGGUCAUUUUGGGUUUGGACAAUUUGGACUAAAUAUAAUUUGGGCUUCAACAAAUAAUGUCUAAUAAACUGAUUUGUCCAUAUAGACAUACUUAUUUGGACAUGGACACUCCAUUUUACAUCUCUAUGUGGGAUGAAGUUCUCUGGAUGUUGAAAACACUAAGUUUUUGGGUUUAAUUGGUUUCGAUUGUUGCAAAUAAGCAGAUUUGGAGCUUUCUAGUUGAAGUGUUCCAAAAAAUGUCUUGAUUAUAAUAUGUCUGAGUGUCUUCCAUUUCUAAUUUUUUUCCCAUUUCUAAUUAUCUGAUGAAGAAGAAGAAGAUUCAGCAUCUCUCUUAAGGGAUCAACACAGAAAGAUGGUAGCAGUGAAUGCGGCGUCGCUGAGGUGUAGAGAGGAGGCUGAAUGCAAUUUUGGUGGAGAGAUGAAACGUUGCCGGAGGUAUUGAAGCGGUGUCAUACAAACACAAAAUUAAACACAUGUUUAUCAAAUUAGAUUUAGUUUAGGUAUGUAAAACACGUAUCUCUGUAAAAUUAGUUUGGGUUGUAUCUUAAGCUGGUAUGUUCUGCUACAUUUGAAUCCAUUAGAUUUUAAUUAGGAAAAUUAAACCAAAUAACCUAAAAAAACUAUUUAUUAUUCACAAAAUAACCAAAAUUCCAAUCUUUUUUCCUCUUUUUUCUUCUUAUCUCUUUCUAUUAUACUACAAAACUAAUUUCUUUUUCCUUUUGGUUAUUUCAAAAAAAUUGCUGACAAAACAAUACGAUUAAAAUGAUUUAUUUCUAAAAAUGUGACGUGAAAACUCCCCCUUUGUUUUUUUUCUUUUUUGUCAACAUAUUUGAUUUUAUCAGCCCAAUGGGCAAUAAUAUAGAGAAGAGAAGCACAUGGAGAUUACAAAAGACCAUGAAAACUCCUCUUCCUCCCCCCUAGUCUCCCGAGCACGCAGCCGCCUCUGAUUAUCGUGAACGGCCGGGGAAAAUUACGAUAAGGACAGAUUGGUAAAAGUGUUACAGUCACUGUGAGAGAGAGAGAGAGAGAUGGGUAUGGAUUACUACAAUAUACUGAAGGUGAACCACAACGCGAGGGAGGAUGAUCUGAAGAAAGCUUACAAGCGUCUGGCCAUGAUCUGGCAUCCCGACAAGAAUCCUUCGGCAAGGCGAGACGAAGCAGAGUCCAAAUUCAAACGGAUCUCCGAGGCCUACGACGUUCUCUCCGACCCUCAGAAGCGCCAGAUCUACGACCUUUACGGCGAGGAAGGCCUCAAAUCUGGCAAAAUCCCCUCUUCCUCGGAGGCUUCCUCCUCCUGGAGAACGCCGCAGUUUCACCACCAGCACAGGCCGCAUCCGCCGAACGCCGCGUCCUUCCGUUUCAACCCUAGAGACGCAGAUGAUAUCUACGCCGAGAUCUUUGGUUCUGAAGGCGGAGGAGGAGGACACAGAACGUUCAGGAACGGUCAUUUCAACACGGGUCGUAGCAGUGAGCUUAGGAAAGCUCCAGCUGUUGAGAAUCCCUUGCCCUGUAGUUUGGAGGAUCUCUGCAAAGGUGCCAAGAAGAAGAUGCGCUUAUCCAGAAACGUUUACGAUGCUUCUGGUAAAAUGAGGGUCGUGGAGGAAAUAUUGCCCAUAGAAAUAAAACCAGGUUGGAAGAAAGGCACGAAGCUCACUUUCCCUGAGAAAGGCAACGAAGAGCCUGGAAUCAUACCGGCAGAUAUCAUCUUCGUGGUUGAAGAGAAGCCGCACCCUGUUUUCAAGCGUGACGGAAACGACCUUGUGUUCAGUCAGGAGAUCACUCUACUUGAAGCACUCACUGGUAAGUCUAUUGACCUGAUCACGCUUGAUGGAAGGACCCUCAUGAUCCCUCUAACCGAUAUCAUCAACCCUGAUCACGAGAUUGUGGUUCCGAACGAAGGAAUGUCUAUCUCUAAAGAACCUGGGAGAAAAGGUAACCUGAGAUUGAAGCUUAACGUGAGAUAUCCGUUGAAGCUGACGGCGGAGCAGAAAUCCGAGCUGAAGAGAGUUCUUGGUGGGGUUUUAUGAAGAAGUUAGAUGAUGAAUGUAGAUAGCCAAAAAACGUAGAGGAGAUGAUAGAUUUGUGAAUGUUAGGAUUGAUUCUUCUAAGGGGGCUUGGAUUUGAAAGCCGAAGAUCAAACACACAAGCUUUGCUUUUACUUAUCUUAUUUGCAAUUAGACACUUUCAAUUUUUUUUUUUUUAAUUUAUUUAUUUGAUUUGGUUUCGAGGCCUCUAUGUUAGUGUACUCCAGAGUCGCAUUGAUGUAUGCUUUGUUACCUAUUAAUCUUACUAAUAAAAAUCAUCUGUUCCCCACUA